GUGCUCAGUUUACCGAUGUAACUGUUUCUGACCUUGAACCGCAAACAGGGGUCGGGGUCUAAUCUAGCUAAGUCCCAAAUGUGCCUGUUUUACACUCAUCGAGAGACCCGCAAUGCACCUGCUUUGCAUAUGAUUUGCAUUGUGCGUGCGCUUGACAGUGAGCGGGGCUCGGCGCACGCCGUUGUGAUCUCCCUGAGAAACGCUUCCGGUAUUAGGACUUGACCCAGCUCAGUCUUUCCCAUCCCUUUGCUGCCGCAAAACCCCAGAAGUUCCAGCAAGUUCACCACUUCCGGUCCGGCGGUGUGUCCAACGGCUUCAACAGCGGAAGUGGUAUGAGAAGUGUGCGCUCCUUCCGGUUCCGGCCUCGCGAGCUCCCGAGUGGCAACAUGAAACUGCUCACCCACAAUCUCCUGAGCUCGCACGUGCGGGGCGUGGGCACGCGUGGCUUCCCGCUGCGGCUGCAGGCCACCGAGGUCCGCAUCAACCCGGUGGAGUUCAACCCUGAUUUCGUGGCGCGGAUGAUCCCCAAAGUGGAGUGGGCGGCGCUUGUGCAGGCGGCGGACACUUUAAACCUGGCCGAGGUUCCCAAAGAGCCGACCGAAGGCUAUGAGCACGACGAGACGUUUUUGAGGAAGAUGCACCACGUGUUGCUUGAGGUUGAUGUGCUGGAGGGCACCCUGCAAUGCCCGGAGUCGGGCCGUCUUUUCCCCAUCAGCCGCGGGAUCCCCAAUAUGUUGCUGAAUGACGAAGAAACUGAAACAUAAACUUGCUAACCACCAUUUGUACCGUGUGUAUCAGCCGUGUGUAUUAGUCUGUUAAUUAAAUAUGUCAUGUGUGAACCCGA